AUACUUAUAGAGGGGAGAGGUUUGCGUACAAAACGUUUUGUUUUUAUUAUUAAAGUAAUAGUUUUGAUGUAAACAACAGUUUUAAUUGAUUUGAAUGAAUGACUCAUUGAUUGUAUCGAUUCAUACGUCAUAUUAAUAGCCCAUUCACUGACCACACGGUUCGGACCCGCGAUUAGUUGUAAAAGACCCGCAAAACCAAAAGUGAUUUAAUUGAAAUAGUUUUCAAAACAAAAAAAUUCAUUGAUUUGUUAAUCAAAUAAACGGUACAAACCAUGAGUACCUUUCCUGAAGUACCGGCGAGUCUUAAAGUGUUGAAUACAUUUAUGAGGAUUGCAUUGGAUUUAGAGAAAUUGGAUCCAACAGUGGGUUAUUGGAUCCGCUUUUAUUGUGUACAACAGGGCCUUAAAAUCGAUAGCAAAUCUAAAGAAGCGAUCGCUUUCCUUACGAAUAUUAUGAAUUGGCUCGAAAAGGAGAAAAAGGCUAGACAUGAGAACGAGGCCAUCACUAAUGAGAUGGUAGGUCAGGCACACGUCGAGAACUAUGCCCUCAAGUUGUUUAACAAAGCGGAUAACGACGAUCGCGAAGGACGCGCUAAUAAAAAUACUUCGCGUCAGUUUCUCAUAUCAUCCCAACUGUUUGAAGUAUUGUCUGUUUUCGGUGAAAUACCGGACGAUAUCCAGAAGAGRCUGAAAUAUGCGAAAUGGAAAGCAAUUUAUAUCAGUCGAUGCCUGAAGAAUGGUGAAGUACCAGUUCCGGGACCUGUGGCCGGCACUGAUGCCGAAGAAUUUGAUUUCGAUUUACCAAAUAUUCCCUCCGCCAGUAAUAAUCAUAAUACCAAUUAUAUGCCAUCAAAUGAAYCGGAAUAUCCAGAGAUUAGUCAACCACAAGCACCUGUUCCUACACAACGGUUCCAACACACUUUUCCAACAGAACCGUCAAGUGAGGUGUCAGAGUCAACACUUACGGCAAUUAAUGGCAUGAAUUUGCAAUCGGAAGACUUGGUUAAAGCACAAAAGUAUUGUAAAUUUGCAGGAAGUGCUCUUCAAUAUGAGGACAUACCGACAGCCAUAACAAAUCUGCAAAAAGCAUUGUCUUUGCUAACGACUGGCAAAGAAUUGGCAUAAAUUUGUUUUAAAUAUCUUAUUAUUUUYACUUAAAAAUUAAAUAUUACAGUAAUAUAAUAUAUUUUCAAAAUUUAAUGAUAAUUACGGUAAUAACAAAUCACAGAAAAUCAGUUAUACAUUUAAGAGUAACUAUUGAUUUUGGACCAGACGUUCACUUUCUGAUGUACUUCUCAGAUGAUAUGUCGAUAAUC